AUGCGAACUACAGCAGAAAGAAUUUAUGGUUCAACUGUUUCAUUUGCUGCAGAUUCUGCCAAUCAAGUGUGUCGUCUCAUCGCAACUGGCGAUCAGGCGAACCGAAGAAGCAGUAAGAAGGCCGACAACGUCAAGCGAAGAAGACCGACGACGACGAGCACGAGGAAGCUGAACAACGACAGACAGGAAGACCGGACAACAAUCAAGGACAAGGGAACACCAACGAUGACGGAGGCCAAGGCCGAAAUGGGAGGCACCGCCAUUGGGAGGCCCCCGACGUCUGAUCUCGGAACAGAUGUGUAUCGGGGUCGGUCCCCGGGACCAUAUGUUCCCGGGACGUCGUGGAGAACCUGGUGGAAGCUGUUCUCCAACUUCCUCGUACUGAGGAAGGUUACAGAAGAAAGGGAGCAGCGGCUGAUUUUCUUGCAGGAGGUGGGCAACUCGAAUUAUGAGUUGCUGGAGUCCCUCCUGCAAGGACGAGAGUUGGAGGACGUGGAACUGAAGGAUCUUCGACAGGCUAUGGAGCGCCAUUACCAACCGAAGAAGUUGGUAUUAGCAGAGCGUUUCGGUCUCAUGUCGAAGGUCCAGAAGCCAGGACAAGCCCUGCACGAAUACUACGCGGAGCUGCAGAAAGCAGCAAAUACGUGUAGUUUCGAAGAAAUCAAGAACCAUCGGGAUGCGGUAGUCACGAUGGUCUUCAUUGGAGGACUGCUCUCAGUAGAUACAAGGAAGCGACUACUGGAAAAGGAGGACUUGACCUCGAAAGAAGCUCUGGAACAAGCAGAAGCGUUUGAGCGUGUUGGAGUAAACGCUCCGCAUUUGAAGGAAGGUCCCCAAGCAGUAGGGAUAGCUGAGGUAAGAAUGCGUAACCGGCAACCGGCUCGGCGCACGCAAACAGUAGAUCAAAAGGGGAAAUCGAGCAAGGGCCCAGCUCGAAGGGAUUUGAGGUGUAGAGUUUGGCGACAUGUUGGAAGAGCGCGAGAGUAG